AUGUGUAAGGUGUUUCCCUCAAGUCUUGGCUCCACGACCUUGAGAUGGUUUAAUGGGUUACGAAAAGGUUCCAUUCACAGUUUUGCCGAGCUGAUCCAGGAGUUUGGCGCUCAAUUCAUGACGUGCAGCUGGGUGCCGCAAUCGGUGGACGCGCUGCUUUCCAUAAAAAUGAGGGUCGGCGAAAUCCUUUGGAGUUAUGCUAGUCGGUAUUGGGAGCUAUACAAUGAAAUUGGUGGGGGUAAUGAGAAGAUUGUGGUAAGCAUUUUCAGGAUGGGGCUUCCCGAGGACUCUGAACUACGAGAGUUGCUGACGAAAAGAUCUCCCGAGGAUAUGAGGCAACUUAUGAGGUGUAUUGAGGAGUAUAAACGUCUCGAAGAUGAUUGGCUGCAGAAUAAGGGUAAGGCCCAGUUGUUGAGUCGCUCACGGCAGGGCGUUUUUCCCACGAGACCAAGGAAGGAUUUCAGGAUGCAGGAACCAGAAGCACAAAUUGGAGGGGUGAAUAUAGCGUUUAAAGAGCCGGUACACAAAAUUUUAGACCGGAUUAAGAACGAAUCGUUCUUCAGGUGGCCGAACAAGAUGGGGGGCGACCCGUCCUAG